UACUAUAUUUUGGUAAACUCUUCAUAAUAUCUUGGAAACCACUCAGAACAUAGUGAAGUAACAAGGUUUUCCUACUGAAGCAAUGGCUCAAACCAUGUUGCUCAUGUCUAGUGUUUCAAGUAGCUAUUCCGUGGAUUUGAAGAAAGACCCUUUGCUCCAACUACAGAGUCAAAGAUUAAGGCCUAGGUUCUCUCAUAUCUCAUUCAACCCACUUCCUUCAAAUUCUUUGGUUUUUUCAUCCCGUACAUUCACAACUCUGGCUCUCUUCAAAUCAAAGACCAAAGCCCCUCCAAAGAAGGUUGAGAAGCCAAAGCCAAAGGUUGAAGAUGGCAUCUUUGGCACUUCUGGAGGAUUUGGUUUUACCAAGCAGAACGAGCUCUUUGUGGGUCGUGCUGCCAUGCUCGGUUUUGCGGCAUCGUUGUUGGGUGAAGGAAUUACUGGCAAAGGAAUUCUAUCACAAUUUAAUUUGGAAACUGGAAUUCCAAUUUAUGAAGCUGAGCCUCUUCUCCUUUUUUUCAUCCUUUUCACCUUGCUUGGAGCCAUUGGAGCUCUAGGUGACCGUGGUAAAUUUGUUGACGAUGAUGAACCUGCUACUGGACCUGUUAUUCCUCCAGGCAAAGGCGUCAGAGGUGCUCUUGGUCUCAGGGAAGGAGGUCCUUUAUUUGGAUUUACCAAAUCCAACGAGCUCUUUGUGGGAAGAUUGGCUCAACUGGGUUUCGCUUUCUCUUUGAUUGGAGAAAUUAUUACUGGGAAGGGAGCUCUAGCCCAGCUCAACAUUGAGACUGGGGUGCCAAUUAAUGAAAUUGAACCGCUAGUGUUGUUCAAUGUUGCUUUCUUCUUCAUUGCUGCUUUGAAUCCUGGAACUGGUAAAUUUGUUACCGAUGAGGAGGAAGAUUAGAUACUAACCCCCUUUGUUUGUACUUUAAGAAAUUAAAACUUAUUUUGUUCAUCUAUGUGAUCAGUGCAUUGAGUUCCUCGUAAA